GUGUAGGCUAUAACAGCAGCGAGCAGUCUGGUGUCCCGCUACAGUCUGAAUACUCAGGAGUGAGUGCUGGUCGAACUCUCUGCGGUGCAGAGGUAGAAAAAAAAAAAAAAAAAAAAAAAAACAACAACAACAACAACAACAAAAACACAGCACCCAUCCACUUCAACGCAGCUUUACUGGCUUAAGGACAUACAGUAUUUUGGAGUAUCCGGGACAGGAGCCCUCCACCGGUACUCGUCUGUUUCUUGUAUUUAUGUUUUUAAGUCUGGCGAGAGGACGCGCACUUGCGCACUGAGACUUGACUUUCUCCAGUCUUGAGUUGAGUCCGAAGACGACUGCAGCUCUCGAGGUCUGCAUGCCCUUAUGAAGCAAAUGUCGUUCGCUGUGCAUUAGUCCAGAAAGUUUUUCUUUUCUUUUCGUUGUUUGUUGUUUUAACACUUCGAUGCCCCAGGGCUCCAGUGCGUCGCGUUUGGACACUCGUUGAGAACAUUGCAUGCGCACAGAGGGGGAAGAACAGCAAAAGUCGGUUUUUGCGACGCUGGUAAACACUUUGCUGAAGAACAGGGACACGAUGAGCACCGAUCUCGCCAUGGGGCCCGAGCUGCCCACCAGCCCGCUGGCGUUGGAAUAUGUCAAUGACUUUGAUUUAAUGAAAUUCGAGGUGAAGAAAGAGGCUAUGGCGGGGCUCGAUCGCUCCAACAUACGGCAGUGCAAUCGCCUCCAGCCGCAGGGCUCCGUAUCCUCCACCCCGAUCAGCACUCCGUGCAGCUCAGUCCCGUCCUCCCCGAGCUUUAGCCCCACGGAACAGAAGAACCACCUGGAAGAGCUGUAUUGGAUGCCCAGCGGUGCGUACCCACAGCAGAUCGACCCUCAGACAUUAAGCCUGACGCCCGAGGACGCGGUGGAGGCGCUGAUCGGGGCCACGGCCCACGGGCACCCCCCACCGCCUCACGUUCAGCAGCAGCUGCAGGCGGGAGGGUUCGAUGGCUACAGGGGAGCGCAUCACCACCACGGCCACCCGCAGCAGCACCACCACCACCAAUACGGCGGGAUCCCUCAUCACCCGGACGAGCUGCAGGGUCACCCCAGCGCUCAUGGCCACCACCCGCACCAUCAUCAUCACGUCCAGGACCCCGACAGCCCUUCUCCUACCUCCCCUGGGUCCCACCAGCAGCUCCACCACCGUCAUCAUCACCAUCACCACAUGGGCCAGCAGGGUCACCACGGCGUGGGGGCUGGCCUGAACGUGGAGGACCGCUUCUCCGACGACCAGCUGGUGUCCAUGUCGGUACGGGAGCUCAACCGACACCUGCGAGGCUUCACUAAGGACGAGGUGAUCCGUCUGAAGCAGAAGCGCCGGACCCUGAAGAACCGGGGCUACGCGCAGUCCUGCCGCUACAAGCGCGUGCAGCAGAAGCACGUGCUGGAGAACGAGAAGACGCAGCUCAUCAAUCAGGUGGAGCAGCUCAAGCAAGAGAUUAAUCGGCUGGCCCGAGAGAGAGACGCCUACAAACUCAAGUGCGAGAAACUGACCGGAGCGAACGGGUUCCGCGAGGCGGGAUCCACCAGCGACAACCCGUCCUCCCCAGAGUUCUUCAUGUGAGUGCCGUUCUUAUGCCUGAGAGACAUCCGAGCAGUCCACAUGACUUGCUACGAUCAUUCUAAUAACAACAACAGAUGUAUUUACAUUAGAAGAAUAAUCCACAAGAAAUAAUAAAUUCAUAUGUAAUCGUGGCCACCGAACCUGGCAACUGAAAUACGAUGAACAUGUUAGAAUGUUUUCUUUGGGGGAAACUGUAGAUUAGUUGGUCGUAGUACUUUUAGGAACAAAAGAGAAAGCCAAGAACUGGGUUUUAUAUUUAGGGUAACUUCAGAUCAGAGCCUUCUUUCCAUUUUAUUUGUUCUCGGUUGUUCAGGAAAAAGGGGAGGGGAAAAAAAGAACUAUGUUUGGGCUGAGCUGAGAGAGGAACUUUGGACUUUUUCCACUUGGCCAAAAUAGUCAAGAGUUGAGAGCACCACAAUAUGCAAAACCUUCUAUUUCUCCUGUAUUAACUCGACAGGGGGAACGUUAUGCAACAUCUUAUUGGUUUAUUGCCUGCUUGGUUAUAUAUAGAUAUAUAUAUAUAUUAAAAGAAAAAGAAAAACGACAAAAACAGACACAUAAAUCUGCAUUAAGAUAUUAAUCCUGCAUGCUGGACAUGUAUGGUAAUCAGUUCUAUUUUAUACUCUGCUCUUUCUUUCUUUCUUUCUUUCUUUCUUUCUUUCUUUCUUUCUUUCUUUCUUAUGUAUCAUAAAAGAGCAUGUUUUUGAUCUUUAGCUCUUUUUGGGGAGAUGAAACUGGCUCUCCAGUCGCUCAUUAAAUGGGUUCAUUUGGGCUUGUAAAUAGAUGCAACAGCAAACCCAUAAAACCGACAUCGAAGAGCUGAUUGUUUUCCAACUAUUAUGAUUUGUUUCUCAUUUUGGGAAUGGAUUUCCAUGGACAUUUUUGUAGUUGCAUUUUAACUUUGUAAAGCGCACUUUUGGGUAAUGAUUUUGGUAUUUGCAGUUGUCAUAUGGAGUUAAAGGUUUUUUUUUUUCUUUUUUUUUUUCUUUUUUUUGUUGCAGAAACCGCCUAAGGGACACAAAUGACACAGAUGCAGGCGAAUUUAAAGCACACGUUGCUCAAAUCUGGUUGUAUCAUGAAACCCAGUUUUGUUGAUUUAGGCUGGUGCAUUAUCUAUUGCUAUUCAAUAAUAUAAGCAAUACUUGGGCCUUUAGGGCGUGUCGUUUCACUUUUGAUGGAUUUAAAUUUAACGAAUGGGCACACUUUCAUCAAUUGUUUUUCUUUUUUUUUUCUUUUUUUUUUUUAGUGACAUGAGCUGCCAGCCAGUUUUAUAAACCUUAACAUUUUAAAGUAUAGUUACUAAUCAGUCCAGCUCGAGGGUGAAGGCUUCCUAAAUCAGGGGGUUGUGUAUUAUUGGCUAACAUGAAAACUGCGCAUGCAUUUCAGUGGAGAGUUUCAAUGAUUCAAUGUUAAAUGUUUUCCUUUAUUUUUUUUUUCUGCCGGUCAGUAAAAAAAUAAGGGAUUCAGGUUCUGCAUAUAAUCUCAAAAUGAAAAUGAUGUCUCAUGUUAUUGUUUUGUUUUUGUUUUGUUUUUUGUUUGUUUUAUUAUUAUGUCUAGAUUCUGGUUCUGCUGGCCAGAUGCAUAGUUUUUAUUUUAAUGAUUAAAUUAACAAACUGUCCGAUCACAUUGAAUAAGCAUGGUGCUUGCAUCUAAGAAAUAUUGUUAAAAAGUCAUGCAUUUAACAAUCUUUUUUUUUUUUUUUUUGGUUUAUUACUGAUUCAACUGUGUUGAAAUCAAAUGUAAAUUGCAGCAGCGGGUUGUUGUUUUGUUUGUUUAUUACUUUCACGUAUUAUGUGGGGAUCAAUUUUCAAAACUGUUUAUAUAAGUGAACAAAAAAAAAAAACAAACAAAAAAAAAAAAAAGAGUUCCAUUCGGACUGUUUCAUUCAGGCUGGUUUCUGUUUCGUUUAUGCUGUUUUUGGAAGAAAUUGUUUCCUAUUUUGCUUAUUAAAGUCAGUGAAAUGACAUUGA